CAUUAAUAUGCAAGAGCUUGCGAGGAGCGAUCCAAAACAAAUAGGCUCCGCAGAUGUAUGAAAUCCACGCGUUAGUUGCAAAGUGCUCUUUGGGACUCACCUGUUGGUGCCUAAUGGGAUCCUUCCCGCUGCUGCACCUGCAGCAGAUCCAUCACACGAAUGAGUGCGCACACUUUUAUUUUGUAAGGCGAUGAUGUCACCCUUGCGUUUUGUUGGGGCUCAUUUCGCGUUUGACACUUUUUCUCCGCCGAUGAGACGUUCGCGUUAUUGGACACACGCGCAGCUCUUUGGGUCUGAUGUCAGACGUCGGGCUGUGUGUGUGAGCGGCUAGCGACGGCCCACGUUGUAAUAAGCCAGACGAGCGGCGCCUCCGUGCUUCCCCGCUCCGCCGCCUGAGCCGAGCCCGGCACCGACCCGCUAAUCCGUGCGCUUCGGCCGUGGACAUAAUUAGAUUACCGCGGAGCGCCGGUCGCCGGUGCCGCUCGCUGCUCCUGCGGUCAAUGCGCGUCCACCUCCGAAAGUCGACGUGAGACGUGGACUCCGCGUCCGCGCUUCCGCGAAUGUGGCUCGGCGCGUGUCUCCACCUCCCUCUCCGUCUCCGGUUGGGGAAACUGGAGGAGCUCUAAUGUCACUCUGCCGCGCGGCCGCCGAGCUCGCGCUUACCCGGAACUCCGACAGCGGAGACCUCAACUCAGAGCAGAACAGAGCAGAGCUCGCGAUGCCGCAACAGUUCCGUCCCCUUCCGUGACUUACAGUGAACUCUGGGCUUGAAGACGCGGACGCCGGCGGUUCCUCUCCGUUCCCCCCCGAACGCGGGUUCGCCCCGCGAGUUGCGUGGAUGUUGUUCCGUGGAUUUUCCCUGUGGGCUGUGUCUCGCUGCGGCCCGGAGGCGGCAACAGUGUGUGGAAAAGUGCAUUUGUAUGUGCAGCAUAUGGACUCGGCGAGGAUAACACGUUGGAUGCUCGGCCACGCGUGGUGAUGGAGAUGCUCCGGAGGCGCUUAAUGAGCCCGCGGCCGUGGGACCGGGUCAGAUGGCCGAGUAUAAUGGGAACCGGAGUCCUUUAUCUGCUGCUGCUGCUGCUGCCAUCAACCUGCCUCGGCCAGGACACCGAAGACUGGCAGUAUGAAGAAUGUAAACUGUCCCGGACGGGUCCUCCUGCCACCAUCGUUGCCAUAGAUGAAGAAAGCCCCAACGGAACGCUGCUGGUGGAGAACAUGCAGAUAAAUGGCGUGGCUCAGGGUCCAAACCGAACCAUCUCCCUGUCUCUACGGGACAACAACAACUACUGGGUGAUCCUCGACCCGUCCAAGCAGGCCCUUUACCUCAACAGCACCGGGCGGGUUCUGGAUCGAGACCCCCCCUCCUACAUCCAGUCCAUUGUGGUUCAGGUCCAGUGCACCAACGAGCUCAUCGGCACCGUGAUACUGCACGAGGUCCGCAUCGUGGUCCGAGACCGCAACGACAACGCGCCGCGCUUCCAGCAGCCGAGAUACUACGUCGCUGUCAGCGAGCUGACGCCGGUAGGAACCACUAUCUUCUCCGGCUUCUCCGGGAACAACGGCGCCACCGACAUUGACGACGGUCCCAAUGGUCAGAUAGAGUACACCAUCCAGUACAACCCCAAAGACCCGACGGCCAACAGAACCUUUGACAUCCCGCUGACGCUGUUCGGCGCCGUCGUUCUCAGAGAAAGACUCAACUAUGAGGACAUCACACGGUACCUGGUCAUCAUACAGGCUAACGACCGAGCUCCCUACCCGAGCGAGCGCCUCACCGCCACCACCACGCUGACGGUGGACGUCCUGGACGGCGACGACCUGGGCCCCAUGUUUCUGCCCUGUGCGCUGGUGGGGAAGACCCGCGACUGCAGCCCCAUCACGUACAGGACCAACGUGCUGGAGCUGACCGACCCGGACAAGGCCAAUCCCCUGAAUGUGACCCCGCCCAUCCAAGCUGUGGAUCAGGACAGAAACAUCCAGCCCCCGUCAGACAGACCAGGGAUUCUCUACUCCAUCCUCAUCGGAAAACCAGAAUCCUAUGCAGAAUAUUUCGGCUUGAACAGAACCACAGCGGAGCUCCUGCUCCUGAAGCCCAUCGACAGGGAGCUGUACCGCAGAUUCGAUCUAGUUAUCAAGGCUGAGCAGGACAAUGGUCACCCCCUACCGGCUUUUGCAAACCUACAGGUUGAAGUUCUAGAUAAAAACAACCAGGCACCGUACUUCCUGGAGACCAGUUACCAUGGCUACAUAAGCGAGGCAUCAUCAGUGGGAGCCACCAUAGCGACCAACACCAGCUUGUCUGCGCCACUGGCCAUCAUAGCCCUGGAUAACGAUGUGGAGGAGACCAAGGAUCCUCUGCUGCAGUUCUCCUUGGACAGCUAUUCUGAUGUGUUCAGCGUGAGCGCUAGCGGGAUCAGACGAUACCUCCGCCUGGUGCAGCCCGUGGACAGGGAGACCCAGGGCUCAUAUACAUUUACGCUUGUAGCAUCGGACGGCGUCCAGCUGAGCAGCCCGGUCCCUGUGACAAUAACGGUCCUAGACGCCAACGACAACGCGCCCACGUUCGACAACGUGUCCUACAACGUCGACCUCUUCACCGACGCGGCGCCUGGAGAGACGGUGAUACAGUUGUCAGCGGUCGAUUCUGAUGCAGGACCGAACGGCCAGGUCACUUAUCGAAUCUUAGCUGGUGCCCAUGGACAUUUCCUUAUUGAAAACAGCACUGGGAUCGUUACUGUGGCUCCAGGUGUUGAGCUGAUUGUGGGCCAAAGCUACGCAUUGACUGUAGAGGCCGUGGACAAUGGGCCAGUGUCUCACAGAAGGUCAUCCAUUACUACGGUCUAUAUCGAAGUCUUGCCCCCAAACAACCAGAGCCCCCCGCGCUUCCCUCGGCAACAGUUCAGCCUAGAGAUCAGCGAGGCCAUGAGGACUGGAGCAGCGCUUCUUAAUCUGCAGGCUGUGGAUCGGGAGAGAGACCCUAUUGUUUACAAAAUCCAGAGUGGAGACCCCUUUGAACACUUUUCACUGGAGCAAGAUUCAGGGUAUUUGUUUCUGGACAAGCCUCUGGACAGGGAGACUUUGGAUUAUUACACCCUGGUGGUCACCGCCUCAGACGGACACCCACACGGGACCUCCAGUGCGACGGUGAACAUUGUGGUGACAGAUGUUAAUGACAAUGACCCCCUGUUCGAUUCUUCACUGCCAGUAAACCUCACCGUUACUGAGGAGCAGAAAGACGCCUACGUUGGACAAGUCAAGGCUACUGACCCAGAUCUGGGAGCAAGCGGUCAGGUCCAUUAUCGCCUCGUCAACCAUCAGAAGCUGUUUUCCAUCAAUGCCACUGGAGCGAUCACGACGACAGUGUCACUGGACAGAGAGGUCAAAGGUCACUACUUCCUGAUCGUCGAGGCCUCUGACGGUGCCGUGGACCCCCGGCGGUCCAGGUUGACGCUGUGCAUCACCGUUCUGGACGUGGACGACAACAGCCCGGUGUUCAGCCAGCAAACGUACAGCGUCGACCUUCCAGAAAACAACCCCAGCGGUGCAGUCGUUCUGCAGCUGAAGGCAGUAGACGCUGACCUCGGCUCUAACCUCACGUAUAGGAUCAGAACCGAAGGCUUGGACCAGGAGAUCAUUCAGCUAUUCCACAUCGAGCCCUUAACAGGGGAGCUGUCAGUGCUCAAGGUUCUGGACUACGAGGCUCUGACUGAUUCUCAGCACACGUACACGUUCACUGUGGAGGCACUGGGUGGAAACGGAAGCAUGCCUCCGGGACUGGCUUCUGUGACUGUCCGAAUAAUGGACAUGAAUGACUUUUCCCCAGCAUUCAGCGAGGCGGUGUAUCGAGGCAUGGUCGCCCCCAACGCCGUCAAGGGAACCAUCGUCACCACAGUGACGGCCAACGACUCUGACCCUGCGGGUACCCCAGCAGGCUACGUCCGCUACAAAGUGGACCACGAGGCAUAUCCGUACUCCGCCAGCAUUUUCGAUGUGGAGGAAAACACAGGAAAUGUUGUUACCAGAGUGAAUCUCAACGAGAAGCCCAACCUGAAGUUCAGCCUGGUGGUGGUGGCGUACGACGAUGGUAAUCCUGUGAAGGAAAACACAACUCUGGUGCAGAUCACCGUCCUUCAGCCCUCCGUCAUUCCUGUGUUCACCCAGGAGGAAUACAGGUUUCCGCCGGUGAGCGAGCAGGCUGCUGUCGGAACCCUGGUGGGAGCCAUCGUGGCAGCUGCUGUCAAUCAAACUAUCGUGUACUCCAUCAUUGAAGGCAACGAGGGAGGCGUGUUUGGUCUGAACAGUAGCACGGGGCUGAUUUACACGGCCAAGCCUCUGGAUUAUGAGGCCAACGCCAGCUACGUCCUGAAGGUGGAAGCCGACUCCAUGAGGGUGGUCUCCUCAAACCUGCGCGUUCCCUCCAACAGUAACACGGCCAAGGUGCUGAUCGACAUCCAGGAUGAGAACGACCACUCGCCUGUUUUCACCAGGUCUCUCUACAUCGGCGGAGUUGCAGAAGACGCCAAAACUUUCACUUCAGUCCUGCAAGUACAGGCUCUUGACAAUGACACUGGUAACUACAGCGCUAUGAUGUAUCAGCUGCUCAUCUCGCCUCCUGCUGGUAAAAGCACUAAAAGCACCAAGGACGGCUUCAUCAUCGAGCCUUACAGCGGUGUGGUGAAGACGGCGAUCAUGUACCGCAACAUGAGGAGGUCCUUCUUUAAGUUCGACGUGGUCGCCACGGACAACUACGGCCAAGGACGCAGCAGCACGGCACAGAUAGUGGUGUCAGUUGUGAACCAGCUGGACAUGCAGGUAGUCGUAUCAAACGUCCCUCCCACUUACGUGGAGCAAAACAAAGACAAGUUGCUGAGCAUUUUGGAGUGGUACGUCCAGGAUCAGAUAUCGGGAGCUAAGGUUGUCGUGGAAACCAUCGGUCCCCAUCGCUCGGUGGAUGGAACGGAGCAGGAUGACUACUCCAAGUCCGACCUCAUGAUUUAUGCCAUUGACCCACAGACCAAUAGACCUGUGGAUACUAAGGAUCUCUACAAUAUUCUUCAGGGGAGGCUUUUGGACAUUAAUAAAAAGUUCAAGCCCGUCCUCCCUCCCGGCGGGCGCAUCCUGGAGAUCCAGGCCCCUGAGGUGGUGGCCAGUAUAAAGAAAGCGAAGCACACUGUAGGCUACACUGAAGGAGCCCUGCUGGCUCUGGCAGUCAUCAUCAUCAUCUGCUGUGUCCCGGCCAUAUUGAUCGUUAUCAUCACCUAUAGACAAUUCAAAGAGCGCCAAGCGGAAUGUGCCAAAACCACCCGUAUCCAGAUGGCACUGCCACCGGGCAAACCUGGAGCAGGCACCGCCAACAACCUGUACGAGGAGCUGGGCGACAACGCCAUCCGGUCCAAUCACGGCAGUGGCGCCGGCGGCAGCGGGAGCGGCGGCAGCCUGGAAGAAAGCGACCGCCAGCGCCUGCUCUCCGACUUUGCCACGCGCGCGAUCGCCGCCCACCGCCAGUGCGUCGCCAACGGCGGCGUGCUCCACAACCUGCCCAAGUCCGAGUCCAGCAUCACCUUCCUGUCCGACGAAAACCCCUUGACCAUCAAAAAUCCCAUUUACCACGAAGACGGGACCCUGAGCAGCCCAGAGACCCUCGGGCGGAGCCAGAGGCGGAGGGAUCUCCUCGGGAACUUCUCCCCCUCCAGGAAGGGUCUCCGGGAGGCGUGGCUGAGGCUCAGCUCUCCUGGGGGGAGUGACAGCGGGUGGGGGUCCGGCUGCGGCCACAGCUGGACGCUUCCGUCGAGGCUGCACCGAAAAGAGAUGUACGACGCCCUGAGACGCCAGGUGGUCAUGGACCCCGUGCAGUGGGAGCUGGAGCUCCUCAAGGCCGAGUUCAAGGAGAGCAAAGACGCGGGUCUGGACUCAGGGUUUGACCGCCGGCUGGACUCUGACCUGAUGGGAAGCCAGGGUCUGGAGCCCAAGCUGACGGUCAAAGAACAGGCCAGACAGUUCGAGCAGCAGGCGCUCCAGGAAAUGAGGCAGCGGCAAAGCAGAGACUCCCGAGGAUCUCUGUCGCCUGAUAUGCUGCUUUCCGCGUUCCCCGAGUCUCCUCAGCAUCACAAGCAGGUUCCUAAUGUUGCGCCUCAGACUAAAGAGGGCCCCCCGUGUAUCAUUGUCACCCACAGUGAUGGAGGGACCCCUCCGCCGACUCACAAGCCCACUCCUCCUGUCCUGCGCCGCUUUGGGGCCAAUCUAACAGGAGGUCCGAGUGUGGACGACAGGCUCCACGUCCACUUGGAGCUCAUCCCCGACCCUCCUUCCGUACCUCCGCCUCCGCCUCCGUGCCCCCCUCCCCCUCCUCCACCUCCGCUGCCCGCCCCUGGUCCUGUCCCCCCUUCACCUUAUCCACUACACCCCCCUUCCACACCUCCUCCUCCACCACCUGCCGCAUCCCUCUCCAGCCACACGGAGGCAAAGGUGCCCCCUCCUCCCCCGCCUCCCCCUCUCCCUCCCCCGCUGUCACCCUCCGUCCUGCGUCCGUCCACCUUCGUCCUUCCGUCUCUCUCCGAGGUGCCGGCCCUGCGGCCCGUCUCCCUCCGGCCCCCGCCGCCUCCGCCCGCGGAGCCCGACCCACCCCGCAAAGAGCUGAAAGGCAUCUUAAAGAACAUCCAGAACAUUGCCGACAUUGAGAAGUCGGUGGCCAACAUGUUCAGCCAGAUAGAUCAGAAGCAGAUCCCGCUCAAAAAGGUCAUGAAAAGUCGGGCCUCCGUGGAUUCCCUUGACUCCCUCGACUGCUUAGACGCUUCAGCAGCAGCAGCAGCAGAAGGAGGUGGAGGUGGAGGAGAAAGGGAUGGAGGGGAGGGGGUUAAAGAGGAAACGGGAGGUGUGAGAGAAGAGGAGCCACAACCUCCACCGAUUCAGCCCAACCCAAACAUGAUCUCUAUCGUGGAGGAGCUUGAGAAGCGCUUCCCCUCUCAGUCUACAAUGCUCUAGCCUUCGCCUCGCUCGUAUAGAGAGAACACAGUGGGAAAUGUCUUAACAUUGUUCUGUAGAUGCUGGGGAACUGUCAAGGGACUGUACUGAAAAUAGCACAGUGGUAGCUGUGAUGAUUUGAAUUUUUUACUGCGCUGCCUCUGUGCUAAUCCAACACGACAAAAAAAAAAGAAAACUAGGCCUAAUUUAAUCUUUGUGUAGAAGCAAAAAUGUUUUUCUCCUCCAGUUUUCACACUUGCAAAGAGAAAUGAGAGCAGGAGAAGGCAAAGGAAGGUACAGUAACAUGACAAGAGGCCAGAAGAGAUGGAGCCUCAAUUUGAAACGUCGCCCAAUGUCUCCUCUUACAAUAAAGUGAUAAAUAAAUAAAGUAAAGUUAUAGUGAAGUACAGGUGUGGAAACAAAAUUGGAAACAUGAACGAAGUUGGACGGAUGUGCAUUCAACAGGUUUUUUUUUCUAAUGGUCUUUGCACAGAUUGUUUUUAUAGCGUUCCUGCUAUUUUAUUCAGCCUAUUAAUUUUAAAGCAAAUUUUUAUAUGAAGAUUCUAAAAACGUUUUGAAAACCUACAAAUGCAGGACACAACUUCCCACUAAGUUUUGUUGACAUCUUUAUUUUUAUUGUUAUUUACUGUUUAUUAUUUUGGUGGCAAGAAUUUUUAGAUUGUCUUUAUGUCUUUAGUUGGUUGGAUCAUAUUGUUUGUCUUUCAUGGAUUGAAGCUAGGAAACAAUUUUUACUUAUUUGUAUGUAGAACAAAAUGUAAUUUUACGUGCUUAUUUUGUAUGAACCUUUUCUAGCAGAUUGUUUAUCUUUUAUUAAUAAAUAUUGUGAAUAUUAUGACAAAACACAAUAAACGUACUAGAAUUAUGCUGUUCAACCCUUGACAUACAGUAAACAUACAGUACAGCUAAUUAUGUAUAGUAGAAAAACUACAAAAACUACAUAAACAGGAUUGGGAAUACAGAAAAACACACACAGGAUCUUUAACAAUGGUUUGCAUUGACUGUUCCAGUUCCAGUCGUGGGUUCGUUCUAGAUAACAGGCGUCUCUUGACAUCUGUUGUUUUCAACAUCUGGCAAAGCAGAGGUGCUUUUUUUUUAAACUGAACUGACAAAACAAAGUGCUUGUCACAUGUUUGAUCAUCACUGCAGCAGAUUGUCUUUGGGCUCGUUGAUGCAGCUGAGAAAGGUAUUGCUGUGGUAAAUGAUGGAGCUACAUGAGUUUGAAGUCUCCUGUAUGUCAGGAUUUGCAUGUUCCCUUCAUGGCACCCUGCUGUGCUGCUGUCAGGAGUGGGACCCAUGGGUCUAGUGCGGAUACAAGGGAUCUGUUGUUUGGAUGUGUGUAUAUUUGCUUUGUCUAAGUGUAGAUAAGACAUGUGAGAACCUUAGAUUAGAUUCAUUAUCUACCGUAUGUCAAAACGCUUUAUCCUCUGUCUAAGGUCCAUCCAUGCUGAAAUAAAGGGAGCUAGAAACGUGUCGGUCCAAAGGGCGAAGCAGCUACAGGAGCUCUGUGUCACAGGGGCGGACGACAAAGUGUAGGAAGCAGACGGCAAGAAAAGAGCCUUAUUGGGUUUGAUAGUGUGGGUCUGGUCCAUAAGAGCUAAUAUUAUUUCUCUCCUCAUACACUCAGCGAGACGAGGUGUAGGGGACACAAAGCCUGGAAGUCAAUCGUGUGUGUGUGCGUGCGUGUGCGUGUGUGCGUGUGUGUGUGUGUGUGUGUGUGUGCGUGUGCGUGUGUGUGUGUGACAGCUAUCAGAUAGCUGUGUGUUUUUGAGUCUGGAGCAGAGCUCAUAAUGUGUCUGUCAGAGCAACAAGGACGCAGAGAUAGACUUAUCUCCACACACCCAACACGCUUCCACACGGCGGAUCACACGCAAACAAUGAUGCUAUCCUCCGCCGCGCGCCAGCCAGCGCGUCCGCUAAUCUCUCCAUCCAGGCCUUUAUGUGCACAGAUAAUCUUGUCUGCUUUGUGAUAAUUAAUGAAAGGCCGCGUUUCCUCCUUAAGUGGCUGCGUGAGGAAGCUGUGCUCAAUGGAGGAGCCGUAAUGGCGUCGGGCUGCAAGAACCGACACGCAGACGUGUCCUUUCAAAGGCGCCAUUUGUUGUUGAGGCGCAGCUUUAUUUCUGCAGCUUAUUGCCACGGUCUGACGUGAAAAUAGAUCCCCAUAGGAGCAUAGUUGUGACAAAGACGUUUCUUUGUAUCAUCCCCCCUGUUUAACCUCACUAAAACAUUGUUAGUGUUUUUCUUGUCUCGGUUUUUGUUUCAAGUGUUCGAAGCUAAAACAAAGCAUUCAUUUCACAAUAUUGUAAACAACAUUACAUUGUUUUUAAGCUGUCAUCCAUGUAGGCGGACGAUCUUUACACUGAAAUGUGUGAUAAAAAUGUGUAUUGACGCUGGAAGUGAAAACAAAGUUCAUCUUAGGUUCCUUCUUAAUUGUCAGGACAAGAAAGGAGAGUUUUCCAUUUUUUUUUAAAAAGUUCCAUUAAUGUUCAUAUCAAGCGUCUGAUACUGUAGAUGCCAAUUUUCUGCAAUAAUUAAAAAUACCCAACAGAUGAUUAGAAAAUUGCCAACCAGAGGAAGAAAAGCUUUAGCCGCUCUUUGAAAGCUUUCCAGCUGCUGGUUGUCGCUGACCUGUCAAGCACCGAUCAGUCGGGCGGCGCCUGCGUUUCACACAAACCGCACGCAUUUGUCUGUUUCCCCGCGUUUCACAGGAAAUACUGUAGAAUAACUGUGCAUCAGGGUGUAAACACUGCCAAAAUAUAGUGGAUGUACCCUCGGUGGCGCGUCUACUGUAGACACAUGACAGCAGAAUCAAUCUUCCUGACAACACGGCAAAUAAGUGUAUUUCCUAAAGUGCUGGCGUGUGGAGAGUUUACUGACACAGCUCAAAUAAAUCAGAUUCUACCCGAAGCCCUCAGCUUUGAAACCUUAACAAAUGAGGAGGAACUUUUCUUCUGAAAGUUCUUGGUUCACGUCCACGGAGUGUAAUGCUGUUAAUGACCUUUUCUUUCCCUUUGCUUCUCUCUGACCGUAGGCGCGUGUAUGGACAGCAUGAGGUGGGUUUCCUACAGUAUCUGUGUGCCUGCAUGUUCUCUCUGUUUAACUGCUUUUUCACUUUUUCAGCUGGUUUGAUUCUCUUCGUUUCACGUUAUUACUGCCUUUUAAAACUUGCUGCA